AUGAAUUAUAUUGAUUAAGGGUCAGCUCUAUCUAGAAAGGUUCCGAAUAGAAAAUUGUCUAAGAAAAAUUCUUUAUUUUAUCAAGUAAAAUGUUAAUGAAUAGUAUUAGUAAUCAGUUUUUGAGAAUGAAGAAUUUAUGUAAAAGUAUGAGAAAAAUGUUGAUUAAUUGUAAACAGUUAUAGAAGAGCCUGAAUUGAAAGAAGUGAUUUAGAAUAGAAAUGAGAAGUUUUUUUAGGUUUUAGAGCAAAUAAUAAAAGUGGAAUCAUCAAUAAAAGAUUUUGCUAAGGGGUAAUAUAAGAUGUGAAAAUAGGUAUUAAAAAUAUGGAUUUAUCGUAUCUGAUACAGGAAUAACAUAUAGAGAAUGGGCUCCUAACGCAAAAGAAUUAAAAUUGAAUGAAUAUGGUUGUACUACUGAUAAUGGUGGAAAUUGGGAAGUGUUUAUUCCAAAGGAUGAUGACGAUAAUCAUUAAAUAUAACAUGGAAGCAAAUUAAUAACAUAUUGUAAUGAAUUCGAAAGAGUUUCAGUAUGGAGUAAUGUAAAAAAGGGAGAUUAAGCAAUAUUUUGGAAUCCAGACAAUAGGUAUGAAUUUCAAUAAAAAUAAUUGUAACAAAAAUAACAAAGUAAAGGUUUGAAAGUGAUAAAAUAAAAGAUAACAGAAGUAUAAGAAGUAAAUGGUUACAAUACAAUAAUGAUAACUUAAUAAUUAUUGAUGCAAUUGGAUAUAAAUUAAAUAACACCAGAUGAUUUAAAAAGAAAUAUAGAUAUUAUUCAUGAUAAGGGUUUUUCAGUGAUAAUGGAAAUAGAUCAUGAACAAAUAAGAAAUUAUUUAAAUAAUUGGGAUGGGAGUGCUUUUCAGUAUUUGAAAGAGGGAUUGAAUCAAUUAGAUUAUGGUAAAUGGGAAGUAUUAAGAUUAUUAUUGUCAAAUAUAUCUUAUUGGAUAACAGAGUAUUAAAUAGAUGGAUUUAAAUUUUCUAAUAUUGAUAUAUAAGAUGAUAUAGAUGCAGCUGUAUAUUUAAUGUUAGCAAAUGAUUUGAUUCAUGAUUUAUUACCAAAUGGAAUCAGUAUAAUAUAAGAUAUGGAUUAUCCAGUAUUAUGUAGAACAAUUAAAGAAGGAGGUUUAGGAUUUGAUUUUAGAUUGUCUAAAUUAUAACAUAAACAGUUUUAAUAAAAAACAUUGUUUGAAAAUACUGGAGAAUAUACUUAAGCAUAAAUCAUAAAUGCACUUGCUAUUGGUUCAGUAUGAAUUAAAAUUUAUUUUAGGGAUUGAUAUAAACAAUAGUAGAUGAUAAAAUGGUUUAAUUGGAAUAAUAAUAUGGAUGGUUAGAAGAAGAUCAAGGAGAUGUGAAUGAAGUGGAUUAAAUAGUAUAAAUAAAAAGAGGAAAGUUUACAUUUUUGAUAAAUCAUAAUAAUUAAGUAAUUUAAUUAUUAAUAUUAAUUAAUUUAUAGAAUAGAGAAAGUUUGUUGAGCUUUAAGAUUACAAAGAUUAUAAACAAAGAAGAUAAAAAAUGGGAAUAAUUAGAUGAGAAUACGAUAAAAAUAGUAGUUGAGUCAGAAUAGGGAUUGAUAAUUGAAUGAUAACUGAUAACUAAUGUGAAUUUACA